UAAAGCCCUCGCCAUUUCUAACUUCAAUUCGCGACAACAGUCCUUAAACCCUAAUUUUCACGAAUUUAAUGUUACUUCUUCUUAAUCGCCUCUCCCGCCGGAAACCGCCGGCGUUCGCACGCCAUCUCUCUUCCGCCGCCGACCCCGCUUCAAAGCUCCACGACCACUACUCCUUUAAACCGCCGCCCUCUCUCUUCCCCCAAACCCCUCAAAACCCUAAUUUAACACCAAAGAAAAAAGUAAAGCCUCCAUAUCGACCUCCUUCUUCACUCGACAGAACCGGGAAAAAACCGAUACAUUCAAAUCUUCCGUUUGAUUUCCGGUACAGUUACACUGAAAGCAGUCAGUCGGUAAGGCCCAUUGGGCUUAGAGAACCUAAAUACUCCCCGUUUGGUCCGGACCGAUUAGACAGGGUCUGGACGGGAGUAUGUGCUCCGGUCGUUGACCCGAAGGUGACAUCGUUGGAUGAAUCGGAGGAUCCGAAUUUCGAGGCGAAGAGGAGACAAAAGAGAGGGCAAAUACAGGGUGAGCCACUUAAUAAUGCUGAGAGGAAAAUUCUUGUGGAGAGAUGUCAAAGGCAUGAAACUAAGAAGCAAAUUAAUAUUGGGAGAGAUGGGUUAACCCAUAAUAUGUUGAAUGAUAUAUAUAAUCAUUGGAAGCAUGAAGAAGCUGUUAGGAUUAAGUGUCUUGGUGUUUGUACUGUUGAUAUGCAAAAUGUCUGCAACCAGCUUGAGGUGGCUUCUGUUAUAAUUAUGGAGUCUGUUAUGUACAAUUUUGUUAGAGUAGUCUGUGAUUACUUUUCCUGUCUGUUACAGGACAAAACCUUUGGCAAGAUUAUUUCAAGACAUGGUGGUUCGCUGGUAUUGUAUAGAGGCAGGAACUAUAAUCCUAAGAAAAGGCCUUUCAUUCCGUUGAUGAUGUGGAAACCUCACGAACCUAUAUACCCGAAGCUAAUCAAGACGACUAUUGAAGGGCUGAGUAUUGAGGAAACGAAGGAGAUGAGGAAGAGAGGAUUAGCUGUUCCUGCUUUGACAAAGCUUGCGAAAAAUGGUUAUUAUGCGAGUCUUGUACCAAUGGUGAGAGAUGCUUUUCUCGUCACUGAGCUGGUUCGGAUAGAUUGCAAAGGCCUUGAGAAGAGUGAUUACAAGAAAAUUGGCUGCAAACUCAGGGAACUGGUACCAUGUGUCCUUGUUACAUUUCAAAAGGAACAGAUUGUGGUAUGGAGAGGGAAUGACUAUAAGCCACCGGAAGAUGGACGGGAGUUGUUCAUGGAUAGGCAAUCUUUUGAUGAUGCAGAGAGCAAUGUGGAUCAUAGCAAAGACAGUUAUAGCUCAAAGGAGAAUAAUGAUGAUCAUCUAGAGUAUUACUCCGGCGGUGACGAUGAGUAGUUUCUUCCUUGUCAGACUCGAUGCUUGUGCUCUCCAAUUCUGAAUAUUUUGGAAUGUGAGUCGAUUACUAUGCUCAACGAACACAUUUUUCAGGAGUUCCUCCUCCAAGCGCUAAAGGCACCAAAAAGUACAGAGAAAGGUGAAAGAUUUGUGAAGGUAUAUUAUUAUUGUAUGUAUUGGAUGUAGGGGACCAACCGAAAAACCGAACUGUUCCGAACUAAAAAAGAUCGGUUUGGUUCCUUUUUUUAUAAGAAUUUUAGUUUAGUUUGGUUUUUUAUUUUAGAUAAACCAAAAAAAACUAUCAGUAUAUAAAAAAUUCGUGUAAAUGGUUAAAAUAGAAUAUAUUUUUUUCUUUUAAGGUA